AUGGAGUUUGAUACAGCCGAGCAUGUGAAUAAGUUCCAGCAAUGUCAAAGCCACAGAUCAUUCAUCCACGCCCCACAUACCUUGCUGCAUAGUGUCGUCACCCAUUGGCCUUUUCAUAGAUGGGGACUUGAUAUUAUUGGGCAAAUAAACCCGACUUCAUCCGGGCGACACAAGUAUAUCAUCACCGCGACUGAAUAUUCUUCCAAAUGGGUUGAAGCUAUUACGCUCCGGGAUUACUCAGGCGCCACGAUCGCUGCAUUCAUCAAAGAACACAUCAUAUGUCGAUUCGGUGCACCUAUGAUUAUAUGCUCGGAUAAUGGUACCUCUUUUGUUAAUCAAACUGUCACAGAUUUGUUGGACCAGUAUGGGAUCAAGUUCCACACCUCGACUGUCUAUUACCCUCAGGGGAACGUACAAGCAGAGGAAACUAACAAAACACUGUUAAGAAUACUAAGCCGCACAGUACAUGAUCAUCAUAGGAGCUGGCAUGAACAGCUACCCCUUGCACUUUGGGCAUACCGUAUUUCCAAGAGAAGUUCAACUGGUGCCUCCCCUUACUCUUUGGUGUAUGGAGAAGAUGCAAUAUUGCCAGCAGAAAUUACAAUACCUUCCACACGCAUGGUUGUGGCCAGCCUCACUACCCCGGAUGAGGUCAGUCGAUUCGCUCACCUGGAUACCUUAGAAGAACGACGAGCCAAGGCUGAGCGUUUCGCGGAUAAGUAUAGGCAACGGACGACAAGAUAUUAUAACCAGAAAGUAAAAGAACGAAUCUUCAACGUAAAUGACGUAGUGAUGAAGAUCGCGCCACAUUUCCAGCGCAAUGAAAAGGCAGGAAAAUUUGCUGCAAAUUGGCAAGUUCCUUAUAUGAUUAGCGAAGCAACAGAAAGCAGGUAUUACUAUUUGAAGCGGAUGAAUGGCUCACGCAUCAAUACUCCUAUCAAUGGUAAAUGGCUUAAAACUUAUUACGCUUAA